AACGAUGAUGUUAUAAGACUGGAUGUGCAAUACAAAAGUUCACAAGCUAUGCUAAAAUUCAAUAAAUUGUGGGGCUGUGGUCAAGUAACCAGAGCAUUUCUCAGAACGAAGACCUCUCGAAUUGGUGAUGCUGGGGCCUUUAUAAUCCCUUCGAAGGAAAACACUACAGUGGAACCGGACAUCGUUAACUAUGGCAGCAGUGGCCUAUACUUCUCUGCAUAUAGUCCACUUGGAUUCCUAUUGAGCACUGGAGUGCAAGUUGUCGGGCCGUGUGCCGCUUUCCCCCAGAAUGCAUUUUGCUGGAAUGUAAAAAAUGCAUUAGACAUCAAUGAAGAAUCAUUGUCCCUGUUUUUCCUCCUAGAGCCCCGAUUAGAUAUGCUAAUUAUUGGCAAAGGAGAAGCAAGCGCAAAGGUCAACUACUCGCAGAUACUGGAUAUAUGCCUCAAGCAUAAACUGAAUGUAGAUAUUCUUCCCACACCCUCAGCCGUGGGGACGUUCAAUUUUAUGAACUCUGAGGGACGCUACGUUGCCGCGGCAGUGAUUCCACCCAGUCGGAUUGAUUUGUAUGACUCAGCAGAUCUCGAAGUUGUUCGACUGUUGGCCAAAGAGGAAGAAGAGGCAUUGCUGGAAGAUGGGCUUGAUGAAUCACCAGUUCUUAUUGACACUAAGCCGGAUGCCGUACUCAAACUCCCCCGUUCUCCUCUUGCCCUUAGUCCUCCUUCCUCACAGUCAGAUACAGAGCGAGACAAGUAG